AUGGACGCGUUCAUCUUGCGCAAACGACGUCGCGCGUCUCUGCCACAGAGCGACCUGGCACCCAAACCUGACCCCAUACCACCAACCGGCGAGGAGGACGAGGAAUCGACUGAUGUCAAACUGGCAAUCCUUUCUUCUCUGUACCCAAACACAUCUCAGGAUGACUUGUUGGAAGUCCUGCUUGGCUGUGACGGCUCCGUGCACGCUGCCACCAAAGCACUCUCGACUGCUGGGCAGGAUGCCGGCCCGCCACCGAAGCGACGAAUGAUCGGUGCCAGUAUGCAGACAGGUCUGCCGUACGCGCCAGAGAACAAGAGUCCUUCGAAAUCAACAGGGCAACAACCGCUGACUAGGAAGGGCAAAACUCUCCACCUCUACACGCCACAAGACAUCGCAAACCACACACCCUGUUCCAUCAUCCACAAUUUCCUGCCCUCCCAUCUCGCAAACGCCCUGCUGGAAGAGCUCCUUGCUGAAGUCCCCAGCUACGAAUCCAUUCAGUUCAAGAUCUUCGACAAUGUCGUCAAGUCCCCGCACACGGCAUGUUUUUACGUCGACAGCUUGGCAGACAUCGAGCGACAGAGAAGCGAGUAUUAUUACAAUGGCAAUGACCUGAGUGAUAUCAGGCAGAUUUUGCCCGUCAUGAAGCAAGUCAGCGGUCUUGUUCGCGAUGCUGUUAACAAGGAAAUUACUACGCGGAUCCGCGACUUCUAUCCGGACGGGAAGAAACUGAAAUAUCAGUCACCUCAGAUAUGGAAGCCCAACGCCGCCUUCGUCAAUUGUUAUGAUGGUGGCGCGCAACAUGUGGGCUAUCACUCUGACCAACUCUCCUAUCUUGGGCCCCGGGCCAUCAUAGGGAGCUUGAGUCUCGGAGUUGCAAGGGAGUUUCGCGUCCGGAAAAUCGUGCCCAAGGACGACCCUGACCAAAAUGACAAUUCUGAGAGCAUUUCGUCUGCGGCAGACGUGUCGGGCCAAAUUGCCAUCCAUCUCCCACACAACUCUCUCCUUGUGAUGCAUGCCGAGAUGCAGGAGGAGUGGAAGCACAGCAUCGCGCCGGCCCUUACGGUCGUGCCUCAUCCUGUCGCGGGGAACAAACGCAUCAACAUCACCUAUAGGUGGUAUCGAGAAGAAUUCCGCCCCAAGCACACGCCAAAGUGCAGAUGCGGGGUCCCUUGUGUUUUGAAAACAGUACAGAAACAGAAGGCUAACAGGGGUCGAUACAUGUGGAUGUGUCAGGUUGGCAAUAAGCCCAGCGGUGGUGAGGGAUGUGGCUGGUUCGAAUGGGCGAGAUUUACAGAUGAUGGGGUCCCUGUGGGUUGGAAGGGUGGUACGAAAGGGGAGGAGAGUCGGCUGGAGGAACUGGAGGCCCAACAAACGACGGGCAAUGAGGCUGGCUCACAAGCCCACGAGACUUCGAGCUCUGAGGGCGAGUAA